AUGGAUGGGGCCAGGCUCUUGAGCAACAACAAGAUCACUGGGCUCCGGAAUGGAUCCUUCUUGGGACUGUCCCUGCUGGAGAAGUUGGACCUGAGGAAUAAUGUCAUCAGCACCGUGCAGCCCGGUGCCUUCCUGGGCCUGGGGGAGCUGAAGCGCUUAGAUCUCUCCAACAACCGGAUUGGCUGUCUCACCUCGGAGACUUUCCAAGGCCUCCCCAAGCUUCUCCGACUAAACAUAUCUGGAAACAUCUUCUCCAGUCUGCAACCUGGGGUCUUUGACGAGCUGCCAGCCCUCAAGCUUGUGGACUUCGGCACCGAGUUCCUGACUUGUGACUGCCGCCUGCGCUGGCUGCCGUCCUGGGCCCGGAAUCACUCCCUGCAGCUGUCCGAGCGCACGCUCUGUGCCUACCCCAGUGCCCUGCACGCCCAGGCCCUGGGUGGCCUCCAGGAGGCCCAGCUGCGCUGCGAGGGGGCCCUGGAGCUACACACGCACUACCUCAUCCCAUCCCGACGCCAAGUGGUGUUCCAGGGGGACCGCCUGCCCUUCCAGUGCUCCGCCAGCUACCUGGGCAACGACACCCGCAUCCACUGGUACCACAACCGGGCCCCCGUGGACAGCGAUGAGCAGGCGGGCAUCCUCCUGGCCGAGAGCCUCAUCCACGACUGCACCAUCAUCACCAGUGAACUGACCCUGUCUCACAUCGGUGUGGGUGCCUCCGGCGAAUGGGAGUGCUCCGUGUCCACGGUCCAGGGCAACACCAGCAAGAAGGUGGAGAUUGUGGUGCUGGAGAUCUCUGCCUCCUACUGCCCAGCCGAGCGUGUCGCCAACAACCGAGGGGACUUCAGGUGGCCUCGAACUCUGGCUGGCAUCACAGCCUACCAGUCCUGCCUGCAGUACCCCUUCACCUCGGUGCCCCUGAGCGGGGGCACUCCAGGUACCCAGGCCUCCCGCCUGUGUGACCGAGCUGGCCGCUGGGAGCCAGGGGACUACUCCCACUGUCUGUACACCAACGACAUUACCCGGGUGCUCUACACCUUCGUGCUGAUGCCCAUCAAUGCCUCCAAUGCGCUGACCCUGGCCCACCAGCUGCGAGUGUACACGGCCGAGGCUGCCAGCUUCUCAGACAUGAUGGAUGUAGUCUAUGUGGCUCAGAUGAUCCAGAAAUUUUUGGGUUAUGUGGACCAGAUCAAAGAGCUGGUGGAGGUCAUGGUGGACAUGGCCAGCAACCUGAUGCUGGUAGAUGAGCACCUGCUGUGGCUGGCCCAGCGAGAGGACAAGGCCUGCAGCGGCAUCGUGGGGGCCCUGGAGCGCAUUGGGGGGGCCGUCCUGAGCCCCCACGCCCAGCACAUCUCUGUGAACUCGAGGAACGUGGCAUUGGAGGCCUACCUCAUCAAGCCGCACAGCUAUGUGGGCCUGACCUGCACGGCCUUCCAGAGGAGGGAGGCCGGUGUGCCCGGCGCCCGGCCCAUAGGCCUUGGCCAGAACCCCUCUCCCGAGCUGGAGCCCCUGGCUGAUCAGCAGCUCCGCUUCCGCUGUACCACCGGGAGGCCCAACAUUUCGCUGUCAUCCUUCCACAUCAAGAACAGCGUUGCCCUGGCCUCCAUCCAGCUGCCGCCCAGUCUCUUCUCGUCCCUUCCGGCCUCCCUGGCGUCCCCAGUCUCCCCAGACUGCACCCUGCAACUGCUCGUCUUCCGAAAUGGCCGCCUCUUCCGCAGCCAUGGCAACACCUCCCGCCCAGGAGCUGUGGGACCCGGCAAGAGGCGUGGGGUGGCCACCCCUGUCAUCUUUGCAGGAACAAGUGGCUGUGGCGUGGGAAACCUGACGGAGCCCGUGGCCAUUUCCCUGCGGCACUGGGCUGAGGGAGCUGAACCCGUGGCAGCUUGGUGGAGCCAGGAAGGGCCCGGCGGCGCUGGGGGCUGGAGCUCCGAAGGCUGCCAGCUCCGCUCCAGCCAGCCCAAUGUCAGCUCCCUGCACUGCCAGCACUUGGGCAAUGUGGCCGUGCUCAUGGAGCUGAGUGCCUUUCCCAGGGAGGUGGGGGCCUCGGGGGCAGGGCUGCAUCCAGUCGUGUACCCCUGCACAGCCCUGCUGCUGCUCUGCCUCUUCUCCACCAUCAUCACCUACAUCCUCAACCACAGCUCCAUCCAUGUGUCCCGGAAAGGCUGGCACAUGCUUCUGAACCUGUGCUUCCACAUGGCCAUGACCUCUGCCGUCUUUGCAGGAGGCAUCACACUCACCAACUACCAGAUGGUCUGCCAGGCGGUGGGCAUCACUCUGCACUACUCUUCACUGUCCACCCUGCUCUGGAUGGGUGUGAAGGCCCGCGUCCUCCACAAGGAGCUCACCUGGAGGGCGCCCCCUCCACAGGAAGGGGACUCUGCCCCACCUGCUCCCCGUCCCAUGCUCCGGUUCUAUUUGAUCGCUGGAGGGAUCCCACUCAUUAUCUGUGGCAUCACAGCUGCUGUCAACAUCCACAACUACCGGGACCACAGCCCCUACUGCUGGCUGGUGUGGCGUCCAAGCUUAGGAGCCUUCUACAUCCCGGUGGCUUUGAUCCUGCUGAUCACCUGGAUCUAUUUCCUGUGUGCAGGGCUGCAUCUGAGGGGUCCUCUGGCACAGAGCUCCAAGGGGGUCACGAGCAGGGUCUCCCUGGACCAAGGGGAGGAGCUGAGGGGUUCCACCAGGCUCAGGAGCAGCGGCCCCCUCCUGAGUGACUCGGGUUCCCUUCUGGCCACUGGGAGCGCAGGGGUGGUGACGCCCGGACCCCCAGAGGACGGGGACGGCCUCUAUUCUCCGGGAGUCCAGCUGGGCGCGCUGGUGACCACGCAUUUCCUGUACCUGGCCAUGUGGGCCUGCGGGGCUCUGGCCGUGUCCCAGCGCUGGCUGCCCCGGGUGGUGUGCAGCUGCCUGUACGGGGUGGCGGCCUCAGCCCUGGGCCUCUUCGUCUUCACCCACCACUGUGCCAGGCGCAGGGACGUGGGGGCCCCCUGGCGCGCGGGCCGGCCGGGCCCCCGCCGCAGCGCCAGCCGCGACAACCUCAAGGGCGCGCUGGAGAAGGAGAGCCAGCGCCGCUCCUACCCGCUCAACACGGCCAGCCUGAACGGCGCCCCCAAGGGCGGCAAGUACGAGGACAUCACCCUGGCGGGCGCCGAGGCGGCGGGGGGCGGCUGCAUGAAGACCGGCCUCUGGAAGAGCGAGACCACCGUCUAGGUGGGCGGGUGGCACUUUAGGGCAGGCUGGCCGCCCGGACUGGUUUUCCUGGCUGCGCGGGCCCCUGAGGACGCCGAUCGGUGCACCAGUCGAUGAAGUGCCGAGGGCUGCGCCGGGCUCACUAGCCUCUGUCCUGAAGCUAAGGACAGCGGGCGCCCGCGCGGCUAAGAGGGUCGUGCCUCUGGGGUAGCGACAGGCAAUCCCGGGGCCACCGGCAGGAUAGACUUCUGUCCCAGCCCAGGCCAGUCUGUGCCAUCCAGGGUAGGGAAGGUCCUGCCUGGAUUGGUGAGUACUGGGCGGGCCAGCAAGCCCAGGUGGGCUCUUCCUAAGGUGCCCGCAUCUUGCCCACCUGCCUCUGGUGGUGUCGGCCCUACCUGGCAAACACAGAUGGGGCUUGGGAACAGUGUUCCCUCACCGCCCUCCUCUGAAGCCGGCCUGUGCCUAGCUUCUAGGGCCUCUCCCCACCGAGUUUUUGGCUAAGUGGGGAGGCAGCCUAGAUAUGCCAGGUGACCGGGACCGGUUGGAGGUGACAAGGUGCUGCUUUUCAGACUAUGCAGGAGGCGGAGGCGGGGGGCCGUGUGAAAGUCAGCCUGGGAGGUCAAGUAGGAGGGCAGGUGUACCAUUAGGGAGCGAUGCCACCCAGUGAGUGUACACACACCACCAGCAGGGCUCCGGGGUGGCACUUGGGGACAAAGCUGACCCCGCCUGGGGAUAGUCUGAGGGAAGUAGAGAGAGAGCUUAGAUCUGGGGCUGAAGUUAGCCAGGCCUUAAACCUAGUCUUACAAGCAAUGCCCUGAAGAGGGCUCCACCACAGGCUGCAAGUGGUUACUCGUCAACCACAAGACAUGGAUCUCAGCCUCCCAACACUGGGGACUAAGGAAGAUACUUCCCUCCUCCUUGAGGCCACAUGGAAGAACCGUUCCAAACAUUUGGCCUCUAGCCCCGUAUUAGGGAGAAACAUCAGAAACAUCUUCCUGCCACACAGAAGCCCAGGUCAAAUCCCUCGGGGGGUGGGCAGGGUCCCUACAGUUCCCGGGGCCUUCACCUCCACUUUUAAACACCAGCACUAUUUCCCCCCACCCCCCGACCCCCCAACCUAAAAAGCAACCACCAGCUUUUACUACAGGACCCAGUGAAAGUGGAGGGAACCUGACGCCUUGUGAAGAGCAUCAUGAAAAGGAGGCCUGGCCCAGGUCCCCUCCCCGUCCCAUGUCACCCCAGCCUGAGCACCAAGGUGAAAGAAGGCAUAGGGAGGAAAGGAAGCCCACACUCCGUGGGAGGAUCCUGUUAUUUAUGCUUGCUGCACAGACCAUAUUAGACAGGAAAAAAAGCUUUGUAUUAUUCUUCCACAUAUGCUGGCUGCUGUUUACAUACCCUGCCAACGCCUUAGCACUGGAGAGCUUUUUGCAAUACGCUGGGGAAAGGGGAGGGAGGGGAUAAAAAGUGCCAAAGAAAACAUGUUUUUAAAAGCUCGGGUUUUAUACAAUAGAAUGUUUUCUAGCAGAU